AACUCACUCCCGCCCCUUUGGAAGUAUAAAAGAGCUGUUGCGUCGGUUAAUCAAGUCACCAGUUCUCUCAGUUUGAGAUAGCAGCUCCUCUCUACCCUACACACAAAUCAACAUGAAGUGCUUGAUGGUUUUGGCUGUUUUGGUGGCUGCUGUCGCCGCUGCUCCCCAGUACUUGCCUUAUGCCGGCUUCAAUGGACUCCCCUACGCCGCUGCUCCCGGUUUCGCAUAUGGCUAUGGCGCUUAUGGUGCCUCUCCCCUCGCCUACACCGCUGCCGCUGCUCCAGUUGCUGCUCCAGUUGCUUACCCCUACGUUGCUCCUGGCCCCAUCUCCUACCAGACCGGUGCUAAAGUCGUGGCCAAGUACGAGCCCGUCGAACAACACGGAUACCAAAUCGCCUAUUAAAUCGCACUCGAAUUGAGCAACAACAUCAACAACGAACUGUUCCUUUUUUUUAAACAAACAACACGCAAUUCAGUGGCCAUAGAUAUAUGGAGUAUGAAGGCGUUAAUUGAUUCAAUGAAAACAAAUACAAAUUUUUAAAAACGA